AUGGCUGCCGGGGGAUGGCUGCCGGGGGAUGCUGCCGGGGGAUGCUGCCGGGGGAUGCUGCCAGGGGAUGGCUGCCGGGGGAUGCUGCCGGGAGAUGGCUGCCGGGAGAUGGCUGCCGGGGGAUGGCUGCCGGGGGAUGCUGCCGCGGGAUGGCUGCCGGGGAAUGCUGCCAGGGGAUGGCUGCCGGGGGAUGCUGCCAGGGGAUGGCUGCCGGGGGAUGCUGCCGGGGGAUGGCUGCCGGGGGAUGGCUGCCGGGGGAUGCUGCCGGGAGAUGCUGCCGGGGGAUGCUGCCGGGGGAUGCUGCCGGGGGAUGCUGCCGCGGGAUGGCUGCCGGGGGAUGCUGCCGGGGGAUGCUGCCAGGGGAUGGCUGCCGGGGGAUGCUGCCGGGGGAUGGCUGCCGGGGGAUGGCUGCCGGGGGAUGCUGCCGGGAGAUGCUGCCGGGGGAUGCUGCCGGGGGAUGCUGCCGGGGGAUGCUGCCGCGGGAUGCUGCCGGGGGAUGCUGCCGGGGGAUGGCUGCCGGGGGAUGCUGCCGGGGGAUGCUGCCGGGGGAUGCUGCCGGGGGAUGGCUGCCGGGGGAUGGCUGCCGGGGGAUGCUGCCGGGAGAUGCUGCCGGGGGAUGCUGCCGGGGGAUGCUGCCGGGGAAUGCUGCCGCGGGAUGGCUGCCGGGGGAUGCUGCCGCGGGAUGGCUGCCGGGGGAUGCUGCCGGGGGAUGGCUGCCGGGGGAUGCUGCCGGGGGAUGCUGCCGGGGGAUGCUGCCGGGGGAUGGCUGCCGGGGGAUGGCUGCCGGGGGAUGGCUGCCGGGGGAUGGCUGCCGGGGGAUGCUGCCGGGGGAUGGCUGCCGGGGACGGCUGCCGGGGACGGCUGCCGGGGGACGGGCGGCCGGACACGAGGUGA